CACGUAGGGGCGGGCCGGAGGGCGCAGGCUCAAGCUGACGCUGCUGGUCCUGGCGGAGCGCCGGCGGCUAUGGAGCGGGACGGGGAGCCGCUGGCCGCGCGGCCGGCCCUGGAGGCCGAGGGGCUGCGCUUCCUGCACGUCACCGUGGGCUCCCUGCUGGCCACCUAUGGCUGGUACAUCGUCUUCGGCUGCAUCCUUCUCUACGUGGCCUUUCAGAAGCUUUCCCCACGGCUGAGGGCCCAGAGGCAGAGGCAGCUGGACCAAGCUGCGGCUACUGUGGAACCUGACAUUGUUGUAAAACGACAAGAGGCUUUGGCAGCUGCCCGUUUGAAAAUGCAAGAAGAAUUAAAUGCCCAAGUUGAAAAGCAUAAGGAAAAACGGAGACAGCUUGAAGAAGAAAAAAGGAGACAGAAGAUUGAAAUGUGGGACAGCAUGCAAGAAGGGAAAAGUUACAAAGGAAAUGCAAGAAAGCCUCAGGAAGAAGACAGUCCGGGUCCUUCUACUUCAUCAGUCAUCCCGAAACGAAAAUCUGACAGAAAGCCUUUGCGGGGAGGUGGUUACAACCCUUUGUCGGGUGAAGGAGGUGGCGCCUGCUCCUGGAGACCUGGACGCAGAGGCCCGUCAUCUGGCGGAUGAGGCUAAGAGUCUUGCUAGUGUCGCUUCUGACACAGCAAGAUGAAUCCUGAACCCUCGAUUCAGUUGCCUUACGCAGGCUUUUCACAGUGACUAGCCAGGGGGACAUGGGGUUUAUUUCUGUUCUUACUACACCUGCAUCUUUGAGGGUUGAAGUCAGCAUAGGGGGUAGACAUUGCCACUAGCCAGUAGUAGCAAUUGGUCACACCUCACUAAAGCCAGUGACUGCGUAGAUUUUGUGGGUGAUUGCUAGUUGUAGGCAAAGGCCUCUGGGUGAUUGGCAGUCUUAAUAAAAGAGACCUCAUAAUGACCCUUCAAGUUAGAAGUCGUUGCUGGUAGGGCAGUCUCUGUGACAGGUUGCGUUGAAUGAUGUGUUCCUUGUAAAUGGUGAGCCCACCAGCGAGGAUUACUGAAGCAAACAGUUGAUGGGGUUGUUUCUGUAUAUUUACUUUCAUGUAUAGAACUUUAUAAAUAAAAAAAAAAGAAACUGUAAAUAUUAAAAAACAUUGCAAAGACCA